AUGGCACCAAACAUCAAAAACAUCCAGGGUGACAUUUGGCCCCGGCUGCCCAAGAAAUAUGAGACAUUCUUAUUCUUUGAGAUUGUGGACGUGGAGCAGUUCAAACAUGAACUUGGCAUAUUUUUGAAGCAUCUCACCACCGCAGAAACCGCGCACCGCCUCCGUGGCAAGCUCUACGAGGCGAAGUGGUGUGGGCUUUGGAGCCAAUUGGUCGAGACCAUUUGCACAAACAUUUCUUUUUCUGCCGCUGGCCUCGAGAAACUUGGAAAGACAGACCUUGGAGAUUAUAUCUUCAAAAGUGGCAUGUAUCAUGACAUGGUCCACGACGGACUUGACAGAGAUGCCGAGUGGCUGGGCGAGUUCAAGGGAUCGCGUGGACAGAUUGACGGAGUUUUUACCUUGGCCGCCAGUUCAGAGGGGACUGUGAACAAUUGGAUGACCGACGGCAUUAAUCCUAGGUUCUCUAAGACCGUGAGAUGGUUGUUCACUCAAAGUGGCGCGGUUCUGAACAAAUAUGACAUUGAACACUUCGGAUGGAAAGACGGUGUGUCCCAGCCUCUGAUCAAGGGAUUGGAUCCAGAGAACACCGAAAAGCUGUCCCCUGGCAACAUUCAUCCUGGUUACAUCAUCGUCGGAGAGGAGGGUGAUACUCAAUCGCAUCCCGACUGGGCGAAAGAUGGUAGCUUCAUGGUCUUCCGCAGGCUGAAGCAGCUGGUUCCCGAGUUCACCAAUUGGGCGGUACAAAACAUUAUGCCACAAGCGGCGCUACCAAAUGAAGGCGGCUUGAAAUUGGGAGUGAUUUCCACCUUGUCCUCUCGUCUAGUGGGAAGAUGGCCCAACGGUAUCUCCUUUGAGGAGAAACCAGCGCCAACUGAUGUGCUCACUGACAAAGCUCUUCCCGAGGAUGAUGGUCAACUCAGCGCUGAAGACCGUAAGCUCUUGUCAUCGAACAACUUCAAUUUCCAGGACAUACAGCACCAAAACAAAUGUCCAUUUGCGUCGCACAUCCGAAAAGUGCGUCCUCGAGCUGAACUUAUGCGCCCCGACGGCACCUUGGAUGACACCCAUGCAAUGAUUCGUCGCGGUAUCUCGUUUGGGCCGGUUACCAGUGAUGAGGAGAAACGGAAUGGGGUGACGACGCACGAUCGUGGCCUUCUAUUCGUGUCCUAUCAGAGUAACCUUCACAACGGAUUCCGUCAGGUGCAGAAUGAAUGGGCCAACAAAACCUCUUUCCCUCCUGGGAAGACCAGGAACGGCGGGCCAGAGCCUGGGCUCGAUCCUAUCAUCGGUCAAUGGGCCGAGGAUGAUGAUGAAUCGAAUUUUAUCAGCAUGCCGAGGUUCGACGAUCCCAGCGUGGCGGAGAAGUGGAAGCUCCAACGCUGUGUCAUUGCAGAGGGUGGAGAGUAUUUCUUCACUCCUUCUAUCUCGGGUAUAAAGGAGAUUAUUGGUGUCUAG